AUGACUUCAAAGAAAUGGAAGGAAGAGUGGUGGUACGAAUUGGAUGAUCGAGCCGACCAGCACAUUAGAAUCGAAUAUGGCUGGAGCGAAGAUUGGGGCUACUGGAUCAAGUUGAUGGACGAUCGUCUUAAAAUGGCUGAUGACUGGCAUCACCCGUACAACACACUCGCCGAACUAGACAGGUUCAGGGCAUCCGUGCUGGACGGCGGUCGCGAGGGAUGCUAUCUGAGUGUGUACACGGGCCCUCGGGGUCAGGGAAAGAAAGUCGACUUUGAGGUCAUGAUGGAUCUGUGGACAAUAUAUAAUGUUGCCAACUCCCACAUCAUCUCUGAGUUUCGCAACUUGUCGAAACGCGAGAUCCAAGAGGUCAGCGAUACUGUCGAGGCCAAGAACGAUGACGAAUGGGUCAACCCCUGGGCGAAGAAAUGCCUAUGCAACGAUUGCGAGGCAUUUGAUGCAUUGGUUGCAGCGGAUGAUAAAAAUGAUGAGAGCGAUGAAAAUGACAAUGACGAAGACGAAGACGAAGACGAAGACGAAGACGACUAA